UGGUUUGAUUGGCAGCGGGAGGAGGAGACAUGGACAUCCGUCCUCCCACAGACCGAAUGUCUCUGGUCCCUCCUGUCUGUCAGUGAAGCUGAAGGUUUCUGUGGUUCUGACAGCUGGACCGAACCGAACUGGAGCAGAGGUGGACACGCGUAGCGCGUGCUUCAUCAGAGACACAAUGAGUGAAAACACCGCGGACACGAGCACGCUCUGCCUCUUUGAUGUUGACGGUACGCUCACGGCCGCGAGACAGGCUGCUACUCCUGAAAUGAAAGAGUUCCUGAGGAAGUUGAGGACUCGGGUUCGAGUCGGAGUGGUUGGAGGGUCAGACCUGGUGAAGAUCCAGGAGCAGCUUGGAGAUGACGUGAUCCAGAACGUGGACUAUGUGUUCGCAGAGAAUGGACUGGUGGCCUAUAAACACGGACAACUGCACUCGAUCCAGUCCAUCCAGGCCCACAUGGGAGAGGAGCUGCUGCAGGAUUUCAUCAACUUCUGUCUGAACUACAUGGCUAAAAUCAAACUGCCCAAGAAGAGGGGAACUUUCAUUGAGUUUCGUAACGGGAUGUUGAACGUGUCGCCCAUCGGCCGCAGCUGCACGCCGGAGGAGCGGAGGGAGUUUUAUGAGCUGGAUCAGAAAGAAAAAAUCCGUGAGAAGUUUGUUUCCGUGUUGAAGGAGGAGUUCAAAGGAAAAGGCUUGUCCUUCUCGAUCGGGGGGCAGAUCAGCUUCGACGUGUUCCCCGACGGCUGGGACAAGAGGUACUGUUUGGACAUCGUGGAGAAGGACAACUACUCCACCAUCCACUUCUUUGGAGACAAAACCAAACCUGGAGGAAACGACUACGAGAUCUACGCCGACCCUCGGACCGUCGGCCAUGAAGUGUCGUGUCCCGAGGACACCCGGCGGCUCUGUGAGCAGCUCUUCUCCUGACAGAGGAGCCGGAAGGACCGGUUCUGAAACAUCGGGUCACUCUUCUAACCAGCACCGGAGUCAUGAUGGUGGCAGCGAAACGUUAUUCCACACGUCUCUGUGUUUCUGACUGUGUCCUCCACUCACAGUUCGUUCCGUGUUUGGUUCUGACCCGUAACUUCUGUGGACCGAUCCGGAUGGAGACAGGAACAAUAACGGCAAGAUUUAAAUCAAACGGUCGAUGGGAGAAGACAGAAUCUGCACUUUUAUGUCUGACUGAACGGAGUCCACAGCUCCUGCGAUCAGAUGAUCCUACGAGAUGUCGGGUCAGAACUCUUGACGGUUCUGAUCCGAGGCACUUGAGAAACUUCUGCUGUAAACUGAGAAAUAAAGAAUGAAACAAA